UGUCUCGUCUUGGUUAGCGGCGGGAAGUGAGGAGAAGGCUGGGGCAAGGAAGCAACGAUAUCGUGUGAAGGAUUGAAGGACUGUCGAGGGAUACUGAAGGAGAGAAUUUUCAUCAUGGGGGGCGUGUCGCUUACCCCUGGGUGUAUAUGGGGGUCUCUGCUCCCCCUGGUGGCUGUGAUGUCCCUUGGUGCGGCGGUCCCAGUGGUGUUCCAUGGAAGACCUCCGUAUGUACCACUACCACCAAUACCGCAUCACUACGAUCCCCCCGCCACCCCGGACCCCGACACAUCCCACUCCACACUCUCCUUCCCCAUGCCUCGUUCCGGCACCACCAACAGACCACCCACCCCCUUUACAUUACAUCCCACACCGCCUCGCCCUCCCACCACCCAGCGACCCCACUGCUGGAACCCCGAGGAGUGUUGCGUUCACCCCUACGACUCUGAGAAGUUCGACGAGUGCUGUGAGGAACACGGGUGCUGCCCUACUGAGUGCCCUGUCACGCUGCCGGGUGGCGUCCUGACCCACACGGAGCGAUGUAAAGCCUGGGAGUGUUGCGUCCACCGGGAGGGCUCGCAGAAUCACCAGGAAUGUUGCAAAAAGCACGGCUGUUGCCCCUACUGCGGUAGUGUGUCGUCAGGUUGCUGCUACAACGGCCUCAAUUACGCCUUCGGGAGCAUAGUGCUGGACCUGCCCGAGGUCUGCCUCCAGCUGGUCUGCGCUGCCAAACUGAUUCCACACUUUCCUUACUUUGUCGCCACCAUCGCUCCCGUCAAGACUUGUUCCUUCACGGACAUGAGUGACGCGUGCGUGGGCUGCCCCAUCCACCAGUGUGUGGACAAGACAGGGCUGGUGCGGGACGAGGGCGACAAGUGGGAGCCCUCGCCGUGUACCCAGUGCGAGUGCCUCUUCGGGCGCGUCACUUGCAGGAGUCUGUUUGUAGAUUGUCGCCCGCCGCCACACCCGGGCUGCAUCGCCAUGCCCGGACCCUGCUGCCCCGUCUACCACUGUGAUGACGGCUGUAUCGACAACGGAGUCUUCCGUCCCUUGGGCAGCCAGUGGCCUUCGGCUGACCCGUGCCUGGUGUUUGUGUGCGGCGAGAAUGGCGUGAGCCGUGUCGUGAUUGACUGUAAGCCGCCGCCGCAGCCCCACGAAGGGUGUCAUCUGCAGCGUGUGGACGGCCAGUGCUGCCCGGAGUGGAACUGCAGUCGGUGUCUGGACAGUGACGGAACCUUUCACCCUCUGAACGACGUGUGGCAGAGCGGCCCGUGCCUGGUGAAGGAGUGCAGGGAGCGCGGCGUGGUAGUGCGACCCGUGGCCUGUCCGUCUCCGGGAGACCCGCCGCACCGAUCCUGCUUCCUUGGCGUCGCCGAGGGAGACUGCUGCGAGGCGUGGCAGUGCGACGGUUGUUGGGAUGGCGGCGUGCUGCACCCCCCCGGCGACGUUUGGUCCUCGGACGACCCCUGCUUCAACCACGUGUGCACCGGCCAGGGUGCGGUGCUGCGGCCCGUCGACUGUCCAGACUUUCCGAAGCCCCACGAGAGCUGCUUCGAGUUUACACCUGAAGGAAAGUGUUGCCCGACCUGGAACUGUAGCGGGUGUCUGGACUCUGAGGGCAACUUCCACCCGCAGUUCGAGGAGUGGCAGAGCAACCCGUGCACUGUCCACGUGUGUCACCUGGACGGCAUCACCACCAAGGCGAUCACGUGUCCCCAGAUUGGCCCCGCCCCGCACUACACCUGCCACACGGUGCCAACGGGGAGCGGCUGCUGCAAGGAGUGGAAGUGCGACGGGUGUUUCGAUGACAAUGGCCUCUUCCACACGCUGGGUACGGAGUGGGUGUCUAAGGAAAACCCGUGCAAGAGGCUGAGGUGCACGAAGUCUGGCAUAACCUCUUUCUUGAUCGCGUGUGACCCGAAGCCGCCGGCCCACGAAGGGUGCUUCCUCGAGUCCGUCGAGGGGCAGUGCUGUCAGAGGUGGAACUGCAGUGGUUGUGUGGACGACGAUGGAAUCUUCCACCUCUUGUACCACGAGUGGAAGACUGACCCGUGCACCACCCACAUCUGCACGGAGAGCGGCAUCCAGAUGGCCCAGGUGUCUUGCCUGCCCCCGCUGCGGCCACACACAAGCUGCAAGCUCGUCUCGCUCCCCGGGGUCUGCUGUCAGGUGUGGGACUGCAAAUACGGCCGGAGCUACCUGGGCUGCCACGAGGACGACCAGUACUACGAGGAUGGGGAAGAGUGGACGACGGACGACCCCUGUGAAAAGCGCCGUUGUAUGUCCGGCACCAUUGCCACGGAAAGUAUCUCGUGCUCGAUGGUGGAACCCCCGACAGCUAACUGCUUAAAGGAGGAUCAUAUAGAGGAAUGCUGCCCCACAUGGAACUGUAGCGGGUGUGUGGAUGAUGAUGGAGUCUUCCACAAGUUGGGCGAAGAGUGGAGCCCCAACCCAUGUCAAAUUAACUCUUGCUCCGAGUCCGGGAUAAACUAUAUAUUAAUAGACUGUCCCGAGGAGCAUCCCGACCCCGGCUGCCACCUCGUGACUGAUCCCGACGAGUGUUGUCCCCGUCAGGAGUGCAGUGGCUGCGUGGAUCAGCACGGUGACGUUCGACAGGACGGCGAGGAGUGGCCCUCCAGCGACCCGUGCCUGGUGUUCAGGUGCGUCCUCGCGUCGGUGGAGCCACACCUGGUCCAGUGCAACGAGACUCGCCCGUCCCUUCCAAUCUGCUUCCCGUCCAUAGAGAAGGACCUGUGCUGCCCGACCUGGAACUGCAGCGGCUGUCUGGACAAGGAUGGAGUGUUCCACCCCAUCGGCGAAUCGUGGCCGUUCUUUCCCUGCGCUACGUUAACUUGCACGAGUGAGGGCGUGGUUACCGCCAUCCAAGAAUGUCCUGGCCCGCCGCACCCAGGCUGUGUCCCCGAGCCUCUCCUCCCCGACCAGUGUUGUCCUGAAUGGCGCUGCAACCAGCCGCCUUACAAACUUGACUGUUCCAAUGUGGGAUGUCAAGGACCGCCGGCCGGCCACGACUGCAAACCCCACAGGCCCCCGGGACGCUGCUGCCCCGUGUACCACUGCAGGUCUAAUAAGCCUCUGGAUGAAAAAUGCGCCGCCGUGUUGUGUUUAGGCCCCGAGCCCGGCAAGACCUGCACGGCCUACACGCCCGAAGGAGAGUGCUGCCCCGUGUAUGACUGCCAGUGAGUAACUUGGAGGAAGGACGACCACUUGAGACUUCUAUUAAAAAUCCCAUAAACCUAAAAAGUAAUAAGAUUAAGUUUUGUCUUUGUGUGGUCGUGAUUCCCUUCCAUAGCUACUUGUAAGCUUUAACAAGUCUUCUCAUUCCGUCGGCCAGCGCUCCACCGUCCCGCCAAACCUAGCAAAUGACAGGAUCGAGUCUUUUUGGCUCUGGUUGUUACUGAGAAUGAACCAAGUGAAAGAUCUAUACAUCUUCCAUGAAGGUGUUCUGAUGCACUAUCCUCUUCCCGUCGUGCCGGACGCGUUAGGGUGUUGUCCUUGCCAGACUAGGCCAAAGAAAUUAUGUAAUUUAAGUUUGUUAGUUUGUUUAAUACAUAUAAGAAAAUUA